AGUGAUUUGAAUGGAACGAAGCACAAAAUUUUUUUGUUCCCUCAGCAAAUUUUGUGUGGGGAAUUAAGUAGAUAUUUCUUAAAUAAUGGUCGCACUUCCAACAACUCAAAAACAAUUUUGUUUUCUCACGUCACAAAUGAGAAUAAGGGUGUAGGUACAUAAGAAGCUUGAAGUCAUGGCUAGGCAUACUUUGUGACAUUUCUUAAAGGGAUUGCAAAGCCGCACUUAAAUCCUGCUGUCGUUUUUCAUUAUAAUUUGACAUUAAUAUGCCUAGCCAUGACUUCAAGCUUUUUAUGUACUUGCACCUUAAGCUUGAUCUCUCCACCGCACAUACGUUAAAAUCAAACGCCAUGAUUUUGCUUCAUGCAUUGUAUGUGUGACGCAUACUUACAAAUUUUCACUAACGCUCAUAGUACAAGAAUAUAGGUAGAUGCAUCAACGCUUGGGAACAUUGAUAUGUCAAAAAUUUUGAAAUGUUUUGACAAAAAUAAAUAUAUGUUUCUAAGUUUUCUUAUACGACUCAAAUCGGAGGUUGUAAUGAUAUGUAUUUUUUAAAAAUUUUUACAAAUUUCAAUAAUUUCUCAUUCAUUAUUUUCAAUUCCAAAAUUGUUUUGACAGUUCAUUGCACCAGCAGCAGUGUCGAUGGGACUACCUGUAUUCUUCUAACAUGCUAAAGGGUCUGUCAGAUAGAAUACGUUGUGUCCGUUGCGGCAACGUAUUGGACUGACGUGACGUACAUAAAGUAUAGACUCGCCACAACAAAUCCGUCGUUGUACAUAAGAAAACAGCUGAUUUGCAUUGGUGGUAAAAUUCAGUUUGAAAACAGACAACAUUUUCUGUUAUUUGAAAAUGGAAACCUCACAAUUAAUGAACAUUAUAUCAUUAAUCUUAAUGCUGUUCGAGGCCGGCGAAUGCUUAAAAAAAUUGUACGGGCGUAGAAGAUAUUGGGUGCGACCACUAUUGCGGAAUCGCGACACGCAUGGAUUUUUCGCCACCACAUUUUGCUUCCCAGACGAAUUCCAGAAAACCAUAAGGAUGGAGAAGAACACAUUCGAUCUCCUCCUGACUUUCGUAAAAGAGAGGUUAAGGAAGCACUCCAAUAGGCCAUCAAUUUCACCGGAAUGUCGACUUUUUAUGACCCUUGCAUAUUUAGCUCAUGGCGGAAGUAAGCAGAUAUUUUCUGCUGCCUUUAAAAUGGGAGUGUCAACUAUGAAAGGAAUAGUAUCAGAAACCUGCGAAGUGCUUUGGGAAAUACUUGGCCCAAUAUAUUUAUCAGUCCCAAAGGAAAAUGAGUGGAAGCGAAUCGCCAUUGAUUUUUACACAAUGUGGGAUUUACCCAAUUGUGUUGGCGCCAUUGAUGGCAAGCACAUCAAUUUAACUUGCCCAUCGAACUCUGGCUCCCAGUUUUACAAUUAUAAAGGGAACUACUCCAUUGUCCUUCUGGCAGCUUGUGAUGCUAAUUACACAUUUACUUCCGUGGAUAUUGGUGCGUUUGGUUCCCAAAGUGACGGUGGAGUUAUGUGGAACUCAAGAUUCGGUCAACAGUUGUAUAAGGGCCAAUUGGAUCUACCAAAAGAAGAAGUACUACCCGGUACAGAUAAAAGUUUCCCACACUAUUUCGUUGCAGAUGCCGCGUUCCCAUUAAAACCAUUUUUAAUUAGACCUUAUCCAGGAAGUAACUUGCCGCCUGAAAAGGAAAUAUUUAAUAAACGUUUGUCACGGGCCCGUAGGGUAAUAGAAAAUGCUUUUGGUAUUUUGGCGAGCCGAUGGAGGAUUUUGUUGUCAUCCCUACAAAUGAGCCCAGCAUCCGCAGAGAAAGUUAUUAAAGCCACGGUACUUCUUCACAAUUUCCUCAAAAUGCAUGAUGGCAGUUAUUGUCCGCCAGAAUAUGUCGACCGAGACGACGGCACUGUAUUGAUAAAUGGUCUGUGGCGCAAAGAAGUGCCUGUCCCUUUGCAGAGAGCCAGGAGAACAGCUUCAAAUAAUGCAGCAAAAUGCGCAUUCAAAUUAAGGGAUGAACUCAUGAGCUAUGUCGUUUCACAUCCAAUUCGGCAAUUUUCCCGGCAGUAACUUCAUAUUUGUUUAAUAAUACUGAUGAAAGCAUGUAUCAAACAUUUAAUAUUUCUUUUCAUAUUUUAUUAUACUAAAAAAUAAAUCAUUUCAU